GGGUGGUGUAGGAGUGUGGAACUUACAGUGACUCGUGGUUGCUCACUGGUCGAGGCAUUCGCAUACGGCUGUUGAUUUUUGAGCUGAGAUGAUGAUGACACGAAUUCAUCCUUGCUCGUGCUAUUGCUGAUGGUCGCUGUUCUUGUGGCAGUCUUGAUGGUUCCCUAGCCGGGAUUGUGUGAAAGCGAGCUCAGCGUAGGUUAAUUUUCUGGUCUCGCUGUCUCGACGAGCUGAUCUGAAGGAUGGCAAGUUAUUAUGACAUUGAUGAUAUCAUUGCCGAAGAAGAGCCAGUUUCAGUUAUAUUCCAAAAGCCGGCAAAUGGAGUUGGGAUCGAUCCUAGUGCAGAGAAAAAUUGUGUUGACCAAGGAUCAAAAGUAGAGCUGCCCUUCUGGCUUGCUAAUGAGUUGUGCCAGAGAAAUGCAGUAUCAGUGCUUGUUCCGGCAUGUUUUGAUGAAAAAACUAGACUGGAAAUCCAGGCUGAUCCUGCAUGUGUGGAUUUGAGAUCUCGAAGUCCAUAUUUUUAUGAAUUUGGCUGCAAGAUGGUGCCGAUUGUUGGUGAUAGGACCCUUGGAUUUCUGCUCUUCUCCGCAUUUAGAAGUAGAUAUAAAGAAGUACUGACUAAGGCACACACUGCGUCGCAUGUGGCAGCUCCGAAAAUUCUCUCCCGACUUACUAAAGAAGAAGUCAAUUUGUAUGAGGCAGCUCAAUCGUCAGUGGCUGCCUUUAAGAAGUGGCGUGUAGGUGGCCGGAGAUUUCAGCCCGCAUCUGUUCUAGGGAGGAAGAGGAGAUCAGAGGAAUGAAUGGUGUAAUUUCUCAUUCAAUCCACGCCACAUUUUGAUCUUAAUAAAGGCUCUGACCUCAACUUGAAUUUGGUUAUGGAGGAGCACUGCCCUAUUGGAGAGCAUCACGUCCUAUCCGUGCAGUCAGUCGCGUGACAAAGCACCGAAGGGGGUUAUUCACCUCUUGAUAUAAAGUUCCGCAAUGCAACAGCUUCAAUUUUCAAGCUCUUGUCAAGUUAGCUGUGUUUUUGUUGUUCUAACCUAUUCCAGCAAAGAGAAGUCAUUUACGUGAUAUCCGGACCAAAUAAGCAUUUUAGUUUCUUUUCUGUUUUUUGGGUCUAAAGUUUAGUAUGUACACUGGAUUCUUGCACUUCAUUGAAGUGCAAGACCGGGGCUUGUUUUGGAGUUUCUGUAGUGUUACAUUGUAGAUGAGUGUUGUGGCCGUGGAUGUCAUUCACAAGUCAAACUAUA